GUUGUUUCAAAUUAUUUUGAGAAAGUAUAUGUUUAUUUUGUUGGAAUGAUUUAAAUAUCAUAUAUCAUUGAAAAUAACAAACGUUAGUUUAAUUACCGACACUAUACCAAUCAGUAUGAAAUCAUUAAAAACUGUGUAAAAUAUUAUAAAAUUAAUUUUUAAAACUAUUUUAAAUAUAUUUAUUUAUAUUUUAGCUAAACUUAGAUAAAGAAAUGGAAAAUUGUCAAUAAAUGAUUAGUUAGAUGUAUGAAACUAAAAUUAAAAAAUUCAAAUAAGUUUAAUACGACAGAUGUUUUAUCGUAAAUAUUCGUCUUAUUAUUUAAAAAUUCAGAAUACAAUAAAUACGUGUCUUUUGUCACUUCGUCGAAUUAUUUUUUAAUCAAAAAGUUUCAGUAAUAGUUAAUAGUAAUUAUUUUCCCAUGACUUCAUCAAAAGUUUUCAAAUUAAUUUUUUUAUUAUUGUGUGUGAUUUUGUAUACAAAAGCACCUCCGAGUUUAAAAAAAAAUACAGGACAAUUAAAGAGGUUACUAUUAUAUUCGGGAUGGACAAAAUUAAAUGAUGUAAACUAUAUAAAAUACUUACAAAAAAGUUAUUACGUUCAAACUUUGAUAGAAACACCUUUACAUCGUAUUAAUUGUAAUAAUAAAAUACGAGGUUUGACUAUAUUUCUUGGAUGUACAUACUCAAAAGUUAUGCAAAAUUUUUUUUCAAUUAUUAGAAACUACCAACUAAAAUGUGAUAAAAUAUCGAAAAAAGAAAACGAUGUAAUAAAUGGAUACAAUUGCAUUGAAAAACUCAUAAAUAUAAUAUCUAUAUUUAUUGUUCCUAUGGCCAAAUUGAUGAAAGAAGCCAUGAUUGCUUUGGAUUUAAUACAUAAAAAUCCAUGGGGUGACCCAUUAUGUGAUAAAAACUCCUAUAAGAUAAUUCAUUUCAUAGGAGAAAUAGAAACUAUUCAUGACAAAUUAAAUGAACUAAUUAUAAAACGUGAUGAUAUUUCUAUAUUCAAUUCGAGAAUAACUAUUAUAAACUUAGUAGUUGACAAAAUAAAACUUAAUAUGAAACAAAACACUGAUUUCUUUUGUGUUUUUGAACCUUAUGACAUGGAUUAUUUAUGGAAUGGUUGGGUUCAAGAAUAUGAAGACAUUGACUAUGGCGCAAAAUUAGAAUUUUUCAAAUUUAUAAACAAAAAAAUGAAUGAAUAUAUCAAGACAGUAAUUAUAGAAAAGUAUUUUCAAAUGGGGUUUAAAUUUGAUCCAAUUACCGAAGAAACAUUUGUCCCAACACCAGAGGAGCUAAUUGAAUUAGAGAUGGAAUUUAGAGAAACAAAUGAAGAGCCUCCAACGCCAAUACAAAUAGAAAUUCAUUAAAUUUUACAAAAAAAUUGAUUUUACCUUAUAAUAAUGUAUGAAUUAUUAUUUUUAUUAAUUUAUCAAAUUUACGUUAUUUUAUAAAACUUUAAAUAAUUAUAAAACAUAAUAAUGUAAUUUUAUUUUUAAUCACAUCGUUAACUAAUUUUAACUUAGUAUGGUAUAGCACUGAAUAUUUUUACUAUGUUUUAUUAUAUGAUAAGAUAAUAUUGAGUUUCAUUUUAUCUUCAGUAAGAAACUAAGAAGACAUUAAUUUUUCAAGGUUUAUUUAGGUAGGUAGGUUAUGGGAUUUUAUUAUUAUUUUAAAAUACCUUACAAAAGUUUGCUAUAGUAAUGAGGCCACCAAUUUUUAUUAAAGAUAUAUAAAUCUAACUUGCAUUUAAUAUAAAUUUAAACUUAUUUUGAAUAUUUUGGUUCAACUAAAUGAAGAGAAAUGACUGAAUUUCUAAACUAGCUUAAAAUAUUUUUUUUUAGCUUUUUUUAAUUAAAUAUCUUUACAAAUAAUAGCAGUAUUAAAUUCGUUUUUUUAGUAAAUUCACAGUAAAAUCAUACCACUAAAAUGAAUCAUUUUUUAUUGUUCAUAGAUCAAUAAAACGUUGCUAAACCAAAUUUUUACGCUGAUUUCAAACCUGAAAUUAGAUUUUUUUUUAUGGCCUUUUUUUUUUUUUUAGGUGUUUAGUAAUUCUAGUACAAUUAUCAAAGAAAAUAACGUUAAAUUAUCUAUCACUUAGGGUACACUUUAUGUACCUGUCAUUUUUGUUAAUGUUCAAUAAUAUUUCAAUUUGUUUUCUUGCAUACUUAAAAAUAUAUUUUGUUAAAUUUUUUUUCAAAUAAAUUAAAAAUAGAAUAGUGUCGAUAAUAUUAUUAUGAUUUAUAAUGACAUUUUUUAAAUUACAACAUAUUGAAAAUGAUUUAUAUUAUAUAUAUUUAUUAACUUAUAUUACAAAUAUUACUAUGAAAAAUGUUAUCUAAUUGGAAACUAAUUUUUCAAUAUGCACCAUUUUUAAAAACGAAUUUCAUAUUCUUUACUUAAUAAAAGCCCUAUAAAACAAUAGUCACCCUGAUAUCACGAGGGAGGCAUGAGGAUACCCUCUUAAUAGAAAACAGCAAGGAAUCGUUGGAUUAUUCCAAAAGCAACAUCAGUAGUAAUGGUAUGAAGCGCUUUGACCCUUAAAGGUUCUAACAAGUGAAAUUGAUAGGGUUGAAAGUAUGAGUAUUUUAGUGGUCACGUCACACAGGUGGUGUGAUAACACAAGUCAAAUCAGUGAUGGUGACGUCAUAAUGACGUCGUAUAUGACGGUUGAAGCCAAGAUAGUGUGAGGGGGCCAUUCAUGAUGACGUCAAAAUAACGUUAACUAUGGAUGUCCCCUCCAGGUGUCGGUUAAUAAAGAAUACAGUGUUU